CAGGAGAUUUCCUAACAGGAGUCUACAAACAGAUAACAAAGGAGUUUUGCAGGAGUUUAGUGGGAGAUUGGUGGGGAAAGCUGUGGGGAGACACACAAGUCAAGAAUAAGUUCUGUAGAUCUGACUGAGUCCAGGGCUUCCUGUCUGUACUUCCUCCUGAUGCUGGUUUAGCUUUCUGGACUCCAGACUUCAUCACAAGUGUUUGCGAAAACGUCAAGUUGGAGAUGGAUAAGAGAGUACUAGAUUGCAACAGUUGUUUUGAUUCUCAAGGCCUAAGGAUGGCAGAUAUUCCUUUCUGGAUGGAGGAAGAGUCAAGAAAAGAUGGGUCCUUUGAAAAAGUUCCCACCAGACCACAAAGUGCUCUUAGUGUCACAAAAUGGCUUUCACAUUUGAGAGCUAGGAAAAACUAUGUCCUACACCAGCAUCUCCUGAGGAAACCUGACGUUCUCGCAGAGGUCUCAAAUAACCUGGGAAGAAAGGAGACUGAGCAGCAAAUUGCUGAGGGGCAGAAAGGAGUGAUAAGACAGCCGCACACACCGGAGGCCAUCAUCCGUCAUAACCUGGCAGAAUCUCAGCAGCAGCUAAUAAGCCUCUUAGUCAAGCAGAUAGACACGCUGGAGAGCUUGCUGGAACUGUACUCCCAGAUCCAAACGCCAUCCUCUCUGCAACCUGUGGCUUGUUUCGAGCAGGUCUGCUGGGAUGGGAGAUGUGGCAGAGUGAAUUUCAGGAGUCCUGGUGUGCCUCCCCAGCCUCAAGACAAGGAUUAUUGUCAUUAUACCUUUGCCAUUUUAUGGCUCUCCACUUUUUACUUGCUUCCUCUGGUCCUCUUUUUUGUGUUUCUCUGUCUUUCCUUUUGAUUUUUGCUGUAAAUUUUGGAAAAGAUUUCCAAAAAUCUUUUGAUUGUAUCAAAAUACAA